AUGGAGAAUGUAAGCAACACGAUUGACCUGAACAUAAGCAACGUUUCACAGGCCGAGAUUGAUAGUACACCACCCUGGUCUACUCCUGUGAUAAAUGUUGACUUUAGCUUAAAGCAGUUUCCUAAGGAAUCCACACCAGACUACGUCUAUAAACAGCACUUUGCAGAAAUCCAACACAAUGACAGGAAUUUAAUUUUCAUUUACACUGACGGUUCUAAAUCGAAUGAUUAUGUUGGCUCAGCCUUUGUCUGCCAGGAUGAAAUUGUGGCAGAGCAAAUUUCAUCAAAUUCUUCUAUUUUUACUGAAGAGCUGCAUGCUAUCUACUUAGCCUUAAACUAUGUAAUCAGAAAAGGUCAUCGUGGUUGCGUGAUUUACACUGACUCAGUUAGCGCACUUCAGGCUUUGAUCUCGUGUGAACGUAGUUCUCACUCUAUAGUGAUUAAAAUUCGUAAAUUGUUUUGCCAUCUUUUUGCAAGGAAUUUAUCUAUAAAAUUUUGUUGGGUCCCAGGCCACGUAGGUAUAAAAGGAAAUGAAGAAGCUGACGCAGCUGCAAAAUCAGCUAGUCCUUCACAGCAUAUAAUGCCUAUUGAAGGAGGUGAUUUGAAGCUAGUUGUUAAAAAACGACUAGCAGAGCGAUGGCAAAACAUGUGGAAUGCACAAAUCCACAAUAAACUACACGAGAUCAAGCCGAAUAUAGAAAAUUGGACACACAAUAAACAGUAUGACAGGAGAUCUGAAGUAAUUCUUACUCGUUUGAGAAUUGGGCAUACUCGGUUGACUCAUCUGUACCUUUUGAAGGGUGAAGAUCAGCCAUUAUGCCAAUAUUGUAACUGUACUGUAAGUGUUAAACACAUACUUUGCAACUGCAUUGUCUCUGAGAGGAUACGUAGACAGCAUUUUGGAAAUACAAGUUUUAAAGAGAUUCUGGGCCAGAGGCCAAAUCUUGAUAAAUUGUUGAACUUUCUGAAAGUCACUAAUUAUCAUAAAGAAAUUUGA